AAAUUCCGCUUUGUCGAGCAUCGCCAUCUUCGAGCUGUUUUGUAAUUUCUAAAUUCAACCAUCCACCAGAAAAUCGCAAAACCGUUCGGAGGAGAGAUGUGUGAUGUGUUUGUGGCAAGCGAGAACCAUAGUACAGUAUAUUUAGAAUGCAUUUUCCAAUAAAAUUAGACUCAUAUUAUUUAUUGUAGAAUUGUGUAGCGUGACCGCGCCAAAAGUGUAUGUGAUUUUCUGUGAAACGUUUUUUUUUUUUUUUUUAUCGGGUAUGGAUUUUGCUUGGUAUUGCUUGGAACAGUUGGAACAGCUGUGACCUAACGUUUUGUUUUGUGACAUCCAAUGCCAGGAAAUGACGAACUACCAGCAGAUGUGCAGAACGCGCAGAAAUCUCAGAAAAUAUUCCAAAGACCACAGGAAACACAAGCGGAGCGUAGGUUUCCGGGUAAUUCAACCGGGAUAGUUCCAUUGCCACGUGGAAGUAAAGGUCCUAGAAGUUUAUACCUUAGGCGAUAUGAGGAUAGCUUCGGAUUUACCCUUAGGCAUUUUAUCGUAUAUCCUCCAGAAUUGGUUGGUGAAGACGAUGGACGACAUGCAGCAUGCGGGGCGCUACUCGCACCUAUGGACACCAUCUUUGUGAGGCACGUCCGCGACAGGAGCUCAGCGAAACAGGCAGGACUUCAGAGGGGCGAUAGGCUGGUGGCCGUGAACGGGGUGCCAACCGCUGGCAGAACUUAUCAACAAGUGGUUCAGCUCAUCACCAACAGUCCCGAGUAUCUCCAUCUGCUGGUUGUGCCAAAAGAAGAGGACGUUCUACAGAGGUUUUUUCCUGACACCGCCUACAACCCAGUCUCAAAUCAGCCCAGUGGCUAUCCAGAAGGUCCAAUAGAUCGAGCGAGCGCCCAGAAAAUCCUAACUCAGCGCAUCACUCAACGAGCAGCAGGAAUCGCUCCUCAAGAAUUUCGAGUUGAUGCUGCUUCCUGGCGUUAUCUUCAGCAACAACCAUAUUAUGAGCCGCAACAACAACAACCUCCAUCAGUUGCUAUUCAGCAUCAUAACGACCAGAGGGUGGUACAUCGUAAUCCUACCAGGCAGGAGUUUGCUAAAAGUGGUCAUCAGCGCAGUGCUGAAAGUAUUUUAGAUUCAAGAGGUAGAGGUCCUUAUGGUCAGCAACACCAGGAAAUUUAUGCAGAGAUUCAUCAUCCAAAUGAAGUUCAUCUACGUCAAAAAUCCCGGGCACAACCCCAGGUGCCUCUUUAUCGAAAAAUGGGUCGCAGAGCAAGCGAGGGCAGUAAUUUACUAUCCAGUGUUGACUACAGUGGGGUUGCAUCGUUAAUUUCUUCUGACGGUGGCGAUUCUGAACAUAACAUUGAUAAUAUGAAGGCGAUGCACAAUAAACCCUAUCACUUGCUAUCUGGUGGCGACAACUUAACUACUAUGGGAUUACCGGAGACCAAAUGUAGAUUACCUGGUUCAGAGGCAGCAAGGAGAGAGAGUUGUGUCUCUCUUUCUUCAUCGAUAGCAGAUAGUAACACUUCCUAUGGCUCUAAUUCCACCCUAACUGGACAUGAAAUCGACGAUUCCGUGCGGUUGUCACGGGUGCGGCAAAGCGUGCGACAAAAAGAAGAAUUUCUACGGACUCCAGUAUUUAGGGAAUUUCAUGGACGUCCUAAAAAACUCGACCGUCCCGUUUGGCCCCCCAAUGAACCAUUACCUAUCCGGCAAGAUAAUAGACAGGCAUAUCAUAACAGUAGCAAAGUUAGGAACGAUUACGACAAGGGCGUGGCUACUUCUUAUCAGGGCGAUUUUGGGGGUAUUCCUAGUCUUGCCUCUCCCUCAGUGAGUGCUGAUUCGCCUAAAGAUAAGCAAAUGCAUCAGGAGGGCGUGCGAGAAGCUGAAAUGGCCCCAACUUUUGAUGGUGGGAUCGGUGAAAUGGCCAGAGAAACGACGGGCGAUGAUAGAAGGAUGAACAACCCCAAUGCCCACUUCCAAAAUGUCCAGAAGAAAGCAAAAGAAUUUGAAUGUUAUCCAGAUGAUAACCGUAGGGACUUUUCUCGCAGCGAAUUGGCACGAUUGAGCAAAAAAGUGCUUCAACCGAAAGUAACGGAACGCGCACAAGAAUACGAAGUUAAGACGACAACGAACGAUACUUUACGCAAAGAUCCUAGCAGCACUUCUACAGUAUCUGCUGGUUCUACGUCAGCGAUAAAAAGAAUACAGAGGGAUAGUCGAUCUUUGGACAGUUCAGGUAGCAACAGUAGCAUCUACGAGCCGCUAUCCGGUCUUGCCAGGCAAAGGCUCUCCGGAAAUGUGAUGAUUUCCACUGGGAGCAAAUAUAUUCAUUGUCCACCUCCUGGAAAUGAAACUCAAAGGAGUCCAGAUAUAUCUAAUGAAGAAAAUCGGCAAUUUCGAGCUCGAUCCAACUCAGCUGAGUCUUGGGCAACGGCUGUGGGAGAUAAAGACUCGGUCACAGCUACGCCUCCACCACAAAUUUCCACCCCACCAACUCCUGGCCAAUCUCUGUCCUCUCCGUCACCCCUGAUUCCAGAACCAGUGUCGCAACUUCACUUAUCAACCCCUAUAAUUUCCGUUACACCUGCUCGUCCUAACAGUUUGGAUCUAGACCAGCCCCAAAGGCCCGCCAGAGGGCACUUCAAGGCCGAUCACUCUCCUAACCCCGUGCCAGUUGUUGUUAGGCUAAGAACUAAAAAUAAUUUUGGUCAUGACGAUAGGUCAAAACGACCAGACUCUUACCUUAAAGCCACAAAAGGUGAACAAACCUCUUUUGGUAGCGAUCUCAGCGAUUUUGAAGAUGUAUCACCACAGAUGCUAAGAAGCCAGUAUAGGAAGUGGCAUCCCUCCCCGUUUUUUGGGGACAUCGAGCAGCUGCGCAAAUUGUUUGAGGAGACCGCCUCCUCCAAGGGCGACAGUAACAGUAGCAGUAAUGUGUCUUUGGAACGAGAUAAAGCUUCCGUCAGUCCGGUUCCGUUCAACACGGUGGUGCGCGAGGGUACUGUUAAUUGUAAGAUUUUGGAGAUAGAUGGAAAGCGUGCAGCAGAUAGAUCUUGGAAGCAAGUGCUGAUGGUUUUGAAAGGUCCUAAACUGUUUCUUUUCAAAGAUCGACAUCAUCAGAGCCCUCUUGGCACUUCAGAUGUAUCCUUAGAUCAAUCUCUAGCAGCAGGAGUCGAUAUGCGCAGCAGCGCGGUUCGCGUCGCUGGCGACUACACCAAAAGAAAAAAUGUUCUGCGUAUGUCCACUGUGAAGCCUUGCAGGUCGGAGUUUUUGAUACAGGCCGAAAGUAGUGAGGAUUUUGCUGAUUGGGUGAAAACUUUACAGGAACGAGUGGCUAUAAAUACUGAUGCAGAAUUGGAUCCAACUACACCUAGACAACGAGCAGUACCUCAAUCCCACCCAGCCUCAACUACUAUCCAAGUGCAAGGCAGCCACCUGUCCCCACAGCCCUCUGCUAAAAGUGCAAAAUCCAUUGCUAGUCGCAACAGGUCACCUACCGGCCAGUCACCAGUAAGCAAAACUAGGAAACCAUCUACUCAACAUGACAGUGCAGUGGCAACAACCAGUCCAAAAUCGAAAACUUGGAGAGUAAGGAUGGCUAAGCAAUUAAAAAAAUUUAAUCCGGGAACGAGUUCUCCUAGUUCUCCUAUAGCACCAGAAGUUUCAACUUUUGGCAUACCAAUUGAGCACUGCAUACCAUCAAGCCAAAACCAAUUUGUACCAAAAUUUAUAGAAGUUUGCACGGAUAUAAUUGAUGAGAAGGGCCUCCAAAUAAUUGGAAUUUAUAGGGUUCCUGGAAAUAAUGCCUCUAUAACAGCACUUUCUGAAGAAAUUAAUAAAAACUUUGAAGAAGUUCCUUUAGAGGAUCAAAGAUGGAAUGACUUACAUGUUGUUAGUAGUUUGUUGAAAUCGUUUUUGAGAAAAAUGCCCGAUAGUUUGGUGACGUCGAUAUUGUACCCCCAUUUUAUCAAGGCUGAUAAAAUAGAAGACCCAAAAUCCAGAAUGGAAGAACUAAAAAGACUGGUUCGAAACCUGCCAAGACAUAAUUAUCACACCUUGAAACAGGUGAUUUUGCACUUAAAACGUGUGGCUGAAAAUUCGCACAUAAAUAAAAUGGAAGUCAAAAAUUUAGCCAUUGUUUUUGGUCCCACGAUAGUGAGGCCGGAAAGUGAGACUAUGGAAAGUAUGGUGACCAACAUGAACAAUCAGUGCAAGAUAGUAGAGAGUCUAAUAACCAAUGCUGAUUGGUACUUCCCGGAAAACGACAGUGAGAACGUGGCUCCCGUAGUACCCUUAGCAAUUCCAGACAAUUGUGACGAGUUUGAAGCAAAUAAUCAGGCAUUAUUGAAUAAUAUUAGCAAAUAUGAAGCUUUUACCAAGGAUCAGAAGGAAAAGAACGGAGCCCUGCUUUCAUCACUGUUUACUGCUGCCCAGAGAAAAGUUUUGCGUAAACCUUCCAGGCAACACAACCAGGAAUCGGGUAGAGAGGAACCAACCACGCCGACCAGUCCUAAAAGUUUUGGUCAAUUCACAAGCGUUAAUACCGAGUUUGGAAAAAUCCCUGAACGUACACCUGAUAAUUCUACGAUAAGCACAAUCCCCACCACUGUCACCGACAUAGAAAAGCGAGAUAAAAAUAUACCUCCGACAGAGAAGAAUCCUUGGUUUAACUACAAAACUGACCAAUCAGAUUUUUCUAGGCGUGUGGAAAAUUUCAAGCAGGAAACCGAAGCUAUGUUACAGAGGCCUAGGAUGACUGAAAUAUCUGUUAGCAAUAUCGAUCAUCGUGGUCAGCUCAGCUCCUCAGCCACUAACGUCAACGCAGCAUCUCGUAUGAGCCUCAAACCUAACCAAGACUUCCUCCUCACGAAAACGCACUCGGCAAAUAAUGUCUUCACUAGGCCCUCUCCUCCUGCCAACCGUAACAGCCUCAACUCCAUGGACUCAAUGGUGCAAUACACUAAUAGCGGAGUCAGUAGUAGAUACUCUUAUGGUGCUACUAGUAAACAGUCAACCAAUGGUGCUAAUGUUGGUACAACAAUGGCAAGUGGUGGUGACGUAACAGAUAGUAAGGGAGUGCGAUAUGGUAUGAGGCGCGGCAGCUCAGUGGAAAAUGUGAAUUUAAGCACAUUGGAUUUGAAUUCAAAUAAUGGAGCUGGAUUGAAGAAGAUUAAGUAUGAGAGUGAGAAUGACAGUCAAAGAAGAGGCUCCUUAGAUUCUCUACAUAAAAUACCUACUGAGGAUGAAUCUCUACUAAGCACCAUGACGAAACUUAUUGAUCAAAAACUUAAAGAAAAAUCCACUACAUCAUCGGUGGCCAACAUUUCAGUAACAAAAGAUGAUGCACCUCAAAAACAACUGGAAAGUGAAUCACCCAAUAAGGAAAAUAAUAGGCCUCGGCCUAGUGAUUUAUAUAAAAAUCCGAGCCUACACAAAGGUCAAUAUACAUUAACAAAAAAUAUAGGCCUCAAGGAGUCCAAAAAUGAAAAAGAAAAAGAGGAGGAUACUCUUGCUUUUGAAAAUUUGCCUGAUAAUGAACGUCACAUCUCUCUCACACUUAUAGCAAACAAGAUUAAUGCUGGCUCGAAACUAAAACGUUCAGAAUCACUAAACAAACCUGAGAGAACCAUAUCACCUUUGAACACUAAAGUUAAAAGAAGCGAAAGUCUUAAUAAGACUGGAGACAGAGUUAAAAGAUCAGACAGUCUAACUAAAACGGAAAAAACAGAAAGUAACAUCAAUAAAAGACGUGAACUUUUGAAUUCAGGUCGAAGACUAAAAGAAUCGACAAAAAAUAAAAGAAAAAACGGUAUGCCUGAUAGAUCUAUCAAAAGACGACAUACUGUUGGGGGAACCAAGGACCCUGAUAAAGUUACUUAUUUAAUAGAUAAUAAAAAUGAAAAUGAAAAGAAUCAAAAUAACGAAAAAGGUAUAAGGACAAGUUCUCCAGAUCUAAGUUCAACUAGAAGAGAGCGAUUUUUAUUUGAAAUCAAUCUGAUUGGUCCUGAAAAUAUGGUAGUAGCAUUAAGACAGCAUCUAAUUGGUUCGAGGCCCCAAAGUUUUCCGGAAAGUACCGUUUAUAAAGUGUUGGAAUCUCACGUUUGAAUUUAUGUUUAGUGAUCUGACUAAAAAGAAUGUGCAAUAACGGUAUGCUCCAACAAUAAUCAAAUAUUAGUCAAAUGAGACCAAUGGAAAUCCGAUUUCCGUUUUUUAAAGCGUUCUCUGAGUUUUUGUUGGGACAAACAUAAUAAAGUAAUGUUUCAGUUCGCAAAAUAUGGUAUUCUAAAGAAUGUGAUAUUAGAUAUUAAGAUGUGUGACGAGAGAGGACUUUUUCCGCCAAAUAAAAUCCUGGAUAUGGAACUACGUAUUUUGAGUGCAAUUUUUAUUAGAGCUAUUUUUUUCGGAAGUGUGUAUCAUACUUCUUUAAUUUUAAUUGAAACAAAUUCACUUUGAUUUUGGACUAUUUUAUUUAAUUUGAACUUUUAAUAUUGAAAACUAAUUUGAAAAUGUACGUACCUGAUAUUCUAUUAAUUGCUUUUAAUUCUGUCAACAUUUUUAGAGUGACAGAAAAGGUGCAAUACGAGGGAAUUGAAUUCCGAAUUGAGGAAGAUGUAUUGCAUUAUUUUUUAUGAACAGUUUUAUUUGUAAUAAUUGAUCAAUAAUUUUAAAAGUAUGUACCCAUAUGUUCUUAUAAUAGGUAUUAUAUGCAUUGAUUGUGUAUUGUGUGGGUCUGAGUUCCGCUUUUUUAUCAAAUUUUUGUACCUUUUUUGGAAUAUUUAUUGUCUUGAAGCAGAUUUUUUUGGGACCCUCCAAUCUUUUUUCUAUUGAUUAUUCGAAUUUUGUAUAUAAACUAUUAGUUAGAAUUUAAUAAAUAUAAGGAAAUCUAAUUUCUCGCGUAAUAAUUACCAAUUAUUAUUAUUUUUUUAUUUAAAUCUUUUGCAUUUAUGUAUUGUUAAUAAUUAUUUUUUAUCUCGCUUGAUUAAAUUAUUGUGAUUCUUAAAGUUUAAUUCCAAUAUGAAGCAAUUGAAUUUGUGAUACAUGCAAUGAUAUAUAGGCUUUGUAAAUAAGUAUCCUAAUUAUUUCAUUGUAGGACAGACAUUUUAUUAAAAUUUUGUGCUGAAUAUUGCGAAUUUUUAAUUCUUUUUUAUUGAAGAUAGUGAACUUUAUCGCGCUAUAUUAUCCAGGCUGUUUGUAUCUUGCCUUGUUAUUGUUUUUUAUAGUUUUUAAGUUGAAAAAAUAUUGUAUUUUUUGUGUUGUAACUUUGUGAAAUUUGUAAAUAAAUUUAAAUCCGGUACUGACCGAGACAUUGUAAAUCAAUAAAUUGAUUAUAAAUAUAUAUACAUAUAUAUAAUAAAUAUUUAUAAUAUAUAUAUAUUAUUUUGAAUUUAUGCACUAAA